AGUGGCUGAUGCUCUUGGCUGGGGCCUUUAGUGGACCGUGUGAAGGAGUGGAGCGAGGCGAGCAGGGUCGGAAGCGAUGAGGGAGUCGUGCGCCCCUUCGUGUUUCCCUAGUUGCGGGGCUGGGCCUGCGCACGCCCUCUUUCUCAGCGCCUCGCUGCAGCCUCGGGGGUGGUAGCGGGGUUCGGGUGAGGAGAGCGUCUGCACUCUCACCCUGGCCGUCUUCUGUCUACCCGGGUCUUGGGUCGGGAUCUUCCUGUCCUGCCCUCGUGCCUCGGUGUCCUCACUUGCGAAUUGGAGAAAUUAGGCUUCUCCUGGCCCGGCGAGCGAAGGUUAUAUAGGAGUUGAGAAGAGGGGGCUCGACAACCUCUCCCCCCCUCCCCCGGUACUGGGGAUCGAACUCAGGACCUUGCGCUUGCGAGGCAGGCGCGGUGCCACUGAGCUAAAUCCCCGGCUCGCUCUUUAGUUCUUUAUUUCUUUCUCUCUUCCUUUCCUUUUUUCUUCCUGUCCUGACCUUCCCUGUCCUUAAUUGACCGGAGACCGAACCUGCGCACAGAGUUACAUCCCUAGUCCUCUGUGUAUUUUUGGAGACAAGGUGCCUAGGUGCACCUCGAACUUCGCAGUCAUCCCUCCUGCCCCAGCCUUUUUCAGUGCUCAUUUUGUGACCCAGUAUUUUCUACACAUACGUUUGUUUCUGCAUAUACUUGAAUACGUUGAAUGCUUUUGUUUAACGAGCUAAUGCUUAUGAAAUACUUAGCCCAGCUUUUAGCAAAUAGGAAGUGCUUAAUAUAUGUUGUUAGUUGGGUCUGAUGGUGCACGCCUGUGAUUCCAGCGGCCUAGGAGGCUGAGGCAGGAGGAUUGCAAAUUCAAGCCCAGUCAGGGACAAUAUAUGAUUUUAUCAAGAGUGUCUCAUUAGAAAGGGGUGAGGGUGUAGCUCAGUGUGGGUGAGUUCAGUCACCAGUACCAAAAACGAAAUUGUUCACUGUUACUGACACCCAUUAGUAUUGCACAGUAAAUAAGAAUUCUGGCCCUGAGGUCACUUUUAUUCUUUAUUGCUGUCUGUCUCCAGGAAUCCUGCAGCUUUCUGACAUAUGUCCAAACGUAUGCAUACAUGUAGAUACUGACAUUUGUUAAUGAUCAACAAUUGGAGUGCUUUUUUUGCAUAAACCAGAAAUCAUUCUCUGCAGUUUUCUGUUUUCCUUUCAAAUGUUGACGAACAUGGACACUUGUAAAACCUUCUGAGGGCACAAUCUGUCCAGAUUUUUACAUUUCUUUCCAUUUUUAUAGUUGUGUCCAUAACUUAUCUAGCAAUAUUUUAUUAAGCAAUUUUCUUUUGGAUACUAGGGGUUGAACCCAGGAUUCACACUGAGCUACAUUCCUACCCAGUGUUUUUAUCUUUUUAUUUUGAGACAGGUUCUUGCCAACUUACUGAGGCUGGGCUCAGACUUGCUAUCCUUCUUCCUCAGUUUCCCAGAAUGCUGAGAUUACAGAUGUGUGCUCCUGGGCCUAGUUUGCAGUUUACCUUUAAAUCUUUCCAAAGUGUUCGACUUGGGUUAGUUUUCAUAGCACAGUAGCUUUUGUUGCCCACCAUAGCUUUUGUUGUGUAUUGAUUUACUAUACAGUAUAUGAUUAUAGUAAUAAAAUGUAGUUGCCUUAAAGCAUGUUUUAAGAAUGAACAUAAUGGCCAUUAGUGAACAUACAGCUCAGCUGGUAGAAGCAGUAAUCCAGACAUUCGACAAAAUAGCAGCUAUCUUGCUUUUUGCAAACCGUCAGUAACAAAAGAAAUGGAAGAUUCUGGAAUAGCAAUAAAGACUAAAAAUCCACAUGUGGGUAGUCUGGCAGAGAAGAAAAGUUGAUGAUAGAUUAUACUCUGGCCAGGGAUACCAUCCUCUCUCCAAGAUGUACAGAACCAGAGUGGGCUUGAAGGACCGACAGCAGCUCUACAAGCUGAUCAUUAGCCAGCUGCUCUACGAUGGCUAUAUCAGCAUUGCCAAUGGCCUCAUCAAUGAAAUCAAACCCCAGUCUGUCUGUGCACCUUCAGAGCAGCUCCUGCAUCUCAUCAAACUAGGAAUGGAAAAUGAUGACACUGCAGUUCAGUAUGCAAUUGGUCGUUCAGAUACAGUUGCCCCUGGCACAGGGAUUGACUUGGAAUUUGAUGCAGAUGUCCAGACCAUGUCCCCAGAGGCUUCUGAGUAUGAAACAUGCUAUGUCACAUCCCAUAAAGGACCCUGUCGCGUCGCCACGUACAGCAGAGAUGGGCAGUUAAUAGCCACAGGGUCUGCUGAUGCUUCUAUAAAGAUCCUCGACACAGAAAGAAUGUUGGCCAAAAGUGCCAUGCCAAUAGAGGUCAUGAUGAAUGAGACUGCACAGCAGAACAUGGAAAACCAUCCAGUGAUCCGAACUCUUUACGACCAUGUCGAUGAAGUCACGUGUCUCGCUUUCCACCCAACAGAACAGAUCCUGGCCUCUGGUUCAAGGGAUUAUACUCUUAAAUUGUUUGAUUAUUCCAAACCAUCUGCAAAAAGAGCCUUCAAAUACAUUCAGGAAGCAGAAAUGUUACGCUCCAUCUCCUUUCACCCUUCUGGAGACUUUAUACUUGUUGGGACUCAGCACCCUACGCUACGCCUUUAUGAUAUCAACACCUUUCAGUGUUUCGUCUCUUGCAAUCCUCAAGACCAGCACACCGAUGCUAUAUGUUCUGUUAAUUACAAUCCCAGUGCCAACAUGUAUGUAACUGGUAGCAAGGACGGCUGCAUCAAAUUAUGGGAUGGUGUUUCAAAUCGAUGCAUCACAACUUUUGAAAAAGCACAUGAUGGUGCUGAAGUCUGUUCUGCCAUUUUUUCCAAAAAUUCUAAAUACAUUCUGUCAAGCGGAAAAGACUCUGUAGCUAAACUUUGGGAGAUAUCAACGGGACGAACACUGGUCAGAUACACAGGUGCAGGUCUGAGUGGACGGCAGGUGCACCGGACACAGGCUGUCUUUAACCACACCGAGGACUAUGUGCUGCUGCCUGAUGAGAGGACAAUCAGCCUCUGCUGCUGGGACUCGAGGACAGCGGAGCGCAGAAACCUCCUCUCCCUGGGCCACAACAACAUCGUGCGCUGCAUCGUGCACUCACCCACCAACCCUGGCUUUAUGACGUGCAGUGAUGACUUCAGAGCGCGGUUUUGGUACCGAAGAUCAACCACGGACUGAGCCGCCUUCGCUGAUAGGUUCUUAUUUCAAGGACUCUGCCCCCUCCCUAUGUCCUGUCACCAGUUGCACAGUUGUGCUGCCACCUCUGUCUACAUCCUUGGAUUGUACAAAGGAAUCUUUUUUACCUUGAUGUAGAAUCAUGGUGGAAAAGUUGAAAACAGAUCUGUGCUGUUCUGCAUUCACUGAUUAUUACAGUGUGAUUUUUAUCAGUUUUUAAAAAUACAAGAUUUGCCAUUUCUUUUGAAUCUCUGAUCACUUGGAAAAAGAUAAAAUAUUAAAAUGCCUUCUAGAUCUCAA